UUGACACUUGGCAACUUUCACCAUAAUUUUUUGAAGUUCUCUUGGAAAUUUUUGUGAAAUUUGGAUAUUAUUAUCCAGAAUAUAUUUUUGGAAUUAUAAUAUAUAACGAAUACAAGUAUAUGCAAAUAAAAGUACAAUGACUACUGUUCCAUUAAUAUUAAACGAGGAAGAUUGUGAACGAGGUGGAAAAUUAGAUUCUGAUAAUGAGGAAAGCAUUGAGAAUGAUUUCAGAUAUAGAAACAAUGUUUUGAAUGCAACCAAAGAGGUUCGAAUUGCUUUUAUACGAAAGGUUUAUGGAUUAUUAAGUACGCAAAUUUUAUUGACUGUUUUUGUAUCUGCGGUUAUUGUUACUUCUUCAAAUGCUAAAUUAUUUGUACAACAAAAUGAUUGGUUGUUGACAGUUGGUCUUAUUGGAAAUCUUAUCAUAUUGAUUCCAUUGAUUGUAUGCCGAAAAGAAUUUCCAACAAAUUUGAUUCUCCUAGCUGUAUUUACAAUUAUAGAGGCUUAUACAAUUGGAACAAUUGUUACAUAUUUUGAUCAAUUGGUUGUGCUUCAAGCAUUAAUUAUUACAUUAGUAAUAUUUGGUGGAAUUACAAUUUAUACGCUACAAUCGAAACGGGAUUUUUCAUUCCUUGGUUUUGGAUUAUUUGCUGGUUUGUGUGCACUUUUCAUCGGUGGAAUUUUACAAAUAUUUAUUCAAUCGUCUGCGCUAGAGCUAUUAUUUUCAUGUGCAGGUGCCUUUUUGUUUAGUUUGUUUAUUUUAUAUGAUACGCAUAUGAUGAUGGAGAAAUUAUCCGCUGAAGAAUAUGUUUUAGCAACAAUUAACUUAUAUUUGGAUAUUAUUAAUUUGUUUUUGAACAUAUUACGUGUUUUACAAGCUACACGCCAAUAAAUUUCUUCUUUAAAAAUAUUCAACAAAACCUCCCCACUUUGUUAGAUUUAUUUUCAUUUUUUUGGUGGGAUUAGGCUGAUCAAGUUUCUAAAUUAAAACACAAACUUCUAGCUAAUUAUUUUAUACCCCGUGUGAAUUUUUAACCAUUUUACUAAAACUAUAUUUGACUUAAAAUAAACCUUCAGAAAUUUCGAUCACUAUUCGAUUUUUUCCUUCGGUUAGUUUGUUAUAUUGAGAAUUGAAUUUUGAUUAAAUUUUAGUUUGGGGAUGGUAGAAAGUGGAAAAAAAAGGAAUAUUAUAAAAAUUUCAAAAGAUUAUUCAAAACGUAUUCAGUUUAAAACUUUGCAUUUUUUUCACUUCAUCUGCAAGAAGAAUUUUACUAAUUCCUGUAGAGGGAUUGUGUUUACUCAAUUUUUAGCAUUGGAAUCGAAGUUUUAACAUGUUUACACAGGGUAUAAAAAUUGAAAAUAGCACGAUAUUAAUAUGAAGACAUUCGUCUAAAAUAAUUUAAAUAAAAUUUAUAAUGAUUUUCUUUGAAUAUUAAAAAAAAAGUAAAAUGUUUAUUGUAAUAAAAAAUAUCUAGCGACCUUUUAUUGAAAACUGUUUUAGUCAAACACUUUACAGGUGUUUUGUAGAACUCAACUUUGAGCAUUUGUGGCGCUGUAUUAAAGUCUUAAAAUCAGCUUUUUUAAUAGAUGAAUAUUGCGCUUUUAUUUAGAAGCUGCGGUCGAUUUAUUGUUCUACGUUGAGUUCUGUCACAUCUAGCAUUAUAAGUGCAUUUUCAGCAAAUUAAUUAUUAUUAAAUUUAAUUAAAAAGCACUCAAAAUGUUGUUAACAUUCCAAUUUAUUAGAAUGAAAUCACAAACGUAACAAAUAAAUGUAGACUGUUGAUACAAUACUGUAAUUUAGACAUCCCUAGAUCUUGGAACUAACCAAGUAUUGACGACCAUUAUUGGUAGCAUUAAGAAAAUCAUUUAUUCAUUAUCAACUGUUGCUGAGAUUUGUUUGUUAUCUCUAAAGUUCCUAUGAUCUACGGUGAGAAACACUCUCAGUUUAUAUUUAUAUACGUCUGUGAAAUAAAAUUGUAAUAUUUGUUGU